CGGGUGCCUGGAGGAACUGUGAGGUAGGGAGGAUGCAGUGAUCUGCCUGGGAAUGGGAAGUUCUCCCAGUUGCUGGUGGGUGAGCACCUAGGAGACUCUCUAGACCUCUGCCAGUUGCAAGAGGCUGCUGCAUCCACUCGGCCCUGCCAGGCUACGUGUCCCAGCCCUGCUCUCCAUCCUUAUGCUGCACCUGGGUCAGGUUCUGCUCCUCAGGGCUGACACUGCCUCUGCCCACUCGCUCUCGGGAGGGCUGCUCCUGGGUCCUGUCCCCACGGAGGGGUUGGGGAAUUAUACUCCCUACCACCAGGCCUCAUCUGCUAGGAGGGGUAUUCCUAGACUGCAAAUGGACCCCUGGCAAGGGUCCAUGGAGGAAGACCUUUCUGAUCUCACUUAAGGUGCUUGAAAUCUCCCAGCCUGAGAGGUGAGGGGAGUUCCCAUCUCCCCUGGUGGUUUGUGACCAUAGCCCUGAGGGAGCAAGGCAAACCCCUGCCUGCAGAAGCAAAUGCAUCACAGGCUGGGAAGAGGGGAGCCAGGCAGCACUACCUCACAGCGCAGGCGAGGGUGGAUGCUGUCCCACGUCCAGGCAGAGCUGGAGUAGGCUGGGACGAUGCCGCCACCCUCAGACAUUGUGAAAGUGGCGGUCGAGUGGCCUGGAGCCAAUGCCCAGCUACUGGAGAUAGAUCAGAAAAGGCCCCUGGCAUCCAUCAUCAAGGAGGUCUGUGAUGGGUGGUCGCUACCAAACCCUGAGUACUACACACUGCGAUAUGCCGACGGGCCCCAGCUAUACAUCACGGAGCAGACUCGCUGUGACAUCAAGAAUGGGACCAUCCUGCAGCUGGCUGUCUCCCCGUCCAGGGCAGCUCGCCAGCUGAUGGAGAGGAUCCAGUCACACAGCAUGGAGGCCCGACUGGAUGCUAUGAAGGAGCUGGCAAAGCUCUCUGCGGACGGGACCUUUGCCACAGAGUUCAUCAACAUGGAGGGCAUCACAGUGCUGACACGUCUGGUGGAGAGCGGCACCAAGCUCCUGUCCCACUACAGUGAGAUGCUGGCAUUCACUCUGACGGCCUUCCUAGAGCUCAUGGACCAUGGCAUUGUCUCCUGGGACAUGGUCUCCAUAACGUUCAUCAAGCAGAUUGCAGGGUACGUCAGUCAGCCCACACUGGACGUCUCCAUUCUCCAGCGGUCGCUAGCCAUCCUGGAAAGCAUGGUGCUGAACAGCCAUACUCUGUACCAGAAGAUAGCAGAGGAGAUUACCGUGGGUCAGCUCAUCUCGCACCUCCAGGUCUCAAAUCAGGAGAUUCAGACUUAUGCCAUUGCCCUGAUCAACGCCCUCUUCCUGAAGGCACCGGAGGACAAGAGACAGGACAAGCUCCUUAACCCGCUAGACCUGCCUGUCACUGAAAUGGCCAAUGCAUUUGCCCAGAAGCACCUGAGGUCCAUCAUCCUAAAUCACGUGAUCAGAGGAAACCGCCCAAUCAAAACUGAGAUGGCACAUCAGCUGUAUGUGCUGCAGGUGCUGACCUUUAACCUCCUGGAGGAGCGGAUGAUGACCAAAAUGGACCCUAAUGAUCAGGCACAGAGAGACAUCAUCUUUGAGCUGAGGAGAAUCGCUUUUGAUGCUGAGUCUGACAGCAACACUGCCCCGGGGGGCGGGACAGAGAAACGCAAAGCCAUGUAUACCAAGGACUACAAGAUGCUGGGAUUCACUAAUCACAUCAAUCCAGCCAUGGACUUCACCCAGACGCCCCCAGGGAUGCUGGCCUUGGACAACAUGCUCUACUUGGCCAAGUUCCAUCAGGACACCUACAUCAGGAUCGUCCUGGAGAACAGCAGCCGGGAGGACAAACAUGAGUGCCCGUUUGGGCGCAGCGCCAUUGAGCUCACCAAGAUGCUGUGCGAGAUCCUGCAAGUCGGGGAACUCCCCAAUGAGGGCCGGAACGACUACCACCCCAUGUUCUUCACCCAUGACCGAGCAUUUGAGGAGCUCUUUGCCAUCUGCAUCCAGCUGCUGAACAAGACCUGGAAGGAGAUGAGAGCAACGGCAGAGGAUUUCAACAAGGUGAUGCAGGUGGUACGGGAGCAGAUCACCCGGGCUCUGCCCUCCAAGCCCAACUCCCUGGACCAGUUCAAGAGCAAGCUGCGCAGCCUGAGCUACUCGGAGAUUCUGCGGCUACGGCAGUCCGAGAGGAUGAGCCAAGACGACUUCCAAUCACCGCCCAUCGUGGAACUGAGGGAGAAAAUCCAGCCUGAGAUUCUGGAGCUGAUAAAGCAGCAGCGUCUGAACCGGCUGUGUGAGGGGAGCAGCUUCCGGAAAAUCGGGAACCGUAGGAGACAAGAGAGGUUCUGGUACUGCCGCCUGGCUCUGAACCACAAGGUCCUGCACUAUGGAGACCUGGAAGACAAUGCCCAGGGGGAAGUGACCUUCGAGUCCCUGCAGGAGAAAAUUCCAGUUGCAGACAUCAAGGCCAUUGUCACAGGGAAGGACUGUCCUCACAUGAAGGAGAAAAGUGCCCUGAAGCAGAACAAGGAAGUGCUAGAAUUGGCCUUCUCCAUAUUGUAUGAUCCUGAUGAAACCUUGAACUUCAUUGCACCUAACAAGUACGAGUACUGCAUCUGGACGGACGGGCUGAAUGCGCUGCUGGGCCGUGACAUGAGCAGCGAGCUGACGCGGAGCGACCUGGACACGCUGCUCAGCAUGGAGAUGAAGCUGCGGCUGCUGGACCUGGAGAACGUGCCCGUGCCCGAGGCGCCGCCGCCCGUGCCCCGCGAGCCCAGCACCUACGACUUCGUCUACCACUACGGCUGAC